AUGACCCGAAAAGCCGAGCCCCCCGUGAAAAAGAACGCCUUCGUCCACAAGCUCUACCAGAUGCUCCAGGACCCCCGCCUCUCCAACUUGAUUUGGUGGCUGGAGGAUAACCCCGACCACAACACGUUUCUGCUUCAUCCCGAUAAGGAGUUCGCCGCGGCGUUGACGGGCUAUUUUAAGCACGGCAACGUGGCGCUGUUCGUUCGCCAGCUCCACAUGUACGGCUUCCAUAAAGUGCUGGAGCCGCUGGCGCCGCUGUCGGCAGCUGUCGGAAGUGUUGCCGACGACGGAAGUGCCGGAACUGCUCCCGGCGUCCACUCGGAACGGGCGCCAGUAUGGGAGUUCCGCCACUCGCUGGGCCGGUUCAAGAAGGACGACGAACAGAGCCUUAUCUACAUCAAGCGCCGCCUGCUGAGCCACUCGUCGCGCGGCGCCUACGACCCACCGGCGCCGGCGCCGGCCUCAUACUACAUGCCCCAGUACUACGACCCCAACAUGUACUACGCCAAGCCCGGCGCUCCCGGAGCCGCCGGCGCACCGCCGACACCCUACCCGCAGCCGCCGCCGGGGUACCCUCCUUAUCCCCAAUUAGCAUAUAUGCCGCCGCCGAUGAUGGCGCCGCCGCCAGCGCCGUCGGGCGCGAUGCCGGCACCGAUGCCAACGCCGGCAGUGCCGGGAGUGCCACCGCCACCUCUGGCGCAUACUCACCAGCCACCGCCGGCAGUGUCGACACCGACGGCAAUACCAGGGCAGCAGAUCCCGCGGCCACCGCAAACGGCUGGGAGCGCCCAAAGCGCCCAAAGCGCGACUGGCGCUGGUAGCGCCCCUCAGUCGGGAGCGCCGUCGAGGGCGCCGUAUCAGUCGCCGGCGCCACCACCUCACCCAUAUCCUCCUCCUCCUCAUUACCCGCUGGUAGCGCAGGCGCCUCCGGCGCCCCUGGCGCUGGGAGUGCCACCAGUACCUACGCCGGCGCCAGUCGCGCAGGCACCAGCGCCAGCGCCAGCGCCCCCACCGGUGCCCCAAGCGCCGAUACACUCGACGCCAUCGCCGGCACCGAUAAACCACCAGCAGCCACAUUUCCGCAAGAUUUGGCACCUGAACCCGCUGCUGGCGGCUGCUUCACGACCGCGGAACCCGUCGUUGUUGUAUGACCCGUUGGCGCCGGCGCCACCGCCGCCGCCGAGCGCUCCUCACAGCAGCGGCGCUCACAGCAGCGCUGGCGCCCACGCACACAUGGCGCCGCCGCCCACUCACGGCCACAACCAGCUCCUGCUAGUAUCGGAACAGCCACUGCUGGCGGAAGGCCUGGUUUCCAGUGGCACCAGCGGCGCUAGCGGCGCGAUCAGCGCUCAUGCCAGUGCCCAUAACAGCGCCGCCGCCAGUCGCUCUUCAAGCUACCACCACCACCAGCGCCCUAGCGCUGGUUCUAUUGGCAGCAUCGGCAGCAUGGGGUCGUUCGGCACCCCCAGCGCCCCACCUAGCGCGCCGCCUUCAGUACCGCUGAGCAAUACCCUGAGCAUUCUGGGCCCGACACUGGCGCCGCUGCUGGCGCCGCCACUGCGCCUGGCGCUGAAGUUGCCGCCGCCGCUGAUGCUCCGGCUUUCACUGUUCAAGUUCCACGAACAGCACCAGCAGUGGGAGCAGCAGCGUCCCCAGUCGCCGCCGGGAGCGCCGUCGGGAGCGCGCGCGUCGGCGCAAAAGCUGAGCGUGCUGGCGAUGAUCCGCCCCCUGUUGGUCGAGCUCCACUUGCGCCACCAGCUGGCGCAGGGCCUGUUGGACCUGGCGAUGGCGCUGCUGCACUCGAACCUGUUGUUCAGCAACAAGCUGAGCGUGCUGCUGUGGCUGCUGGCGCGAGUGCCGCUGCUCGGGAUGGCGCCGUUUGACGACGUCGCCACCGCGCUGCCGCCGAUGCCGAUGGCACUGCGGCUGCCGCUGCCGUCAGUAGGGGGGGCGCUCGCGCUGGCGGCGCUCGACAAGCGCGCCACCGCGGGAGCAGCGCCGGCAGCGCCGGCGGCGACAGCGCCAGCGUCGUCGCAUCAUCCGCCUCAACACGGACGGUCGCUGGCGGUGCCGGUGACUCUGUUGCUUGAAGAAGACGACUCGGCGCUGGCCACCCUGGCCAAACGAGCGCGCAUCGAGUAG